AUGACACAGCAUCAAUCAUUGCGGAAGCGGAAAAGCAACGGCGAACGAGUGAGGGUUACCAGGGCUUGUGAUCGGUGCAAACGGAGGAAAAUCAAAUGCAACAACUCCCAGCCCUGCCAGUUUUGUAUUCGCGCAAAAGCUCGCUGUACUUUCGAUUCUUCGUACGCCAGAGGCAGGAAGUUCCUUAUUCCCGGCUAUGGCGAUGAACAUGGCAGCCCUACCAGACAGGGCUAUUCAGCCAUUCUACCCAGCCCAGUAACAUCCCGGGAGAGUGUGCAUUCAGUACAAGGCCAUGACCAGGUUCCUAUAGCCUCGUCGCGCAACUCACCAGAGCCGUCCCAGACUGACCUGCAGGGCCACUAUAUCGGGCCUGCAUCUGGGGUCUCGUUCCUGCUUAGGGUUCAGAAGCGGCUGCACCAGGCAAUCUCCUUUGCCCAGCCCAGCAGCAUCUUUACAUUUGGCGAUGCUCCUCUGCAUCUCCCUGAAUUUGACCCUUCAUUCUGUAUGAUGCUGCCGAGGGACGAUGCACAGCGCCUGAUAGAGCGGUAUUUCGACUUUGCCAUGCCGACGUACCGGUUCCUCCAUAGACCGACUAUCCAGGAAUGGUUCAAUGAGUUCUAUGAUACGUUAGGCGUCAUGCGCGAUGCCCACAGCGCCCCAGCCAAGGUCGCUCUGCUCUUCAUGGUCUUUUCCCUGGCGAGGGUAUACAUGCCAGACAACGACAGGCCGGGUCCACCAGAUCUGAGUGCCCGGUACUAUCUCGCAGCCGAGCACCAGCUAUCGAAAGAAAAAGGCUCUAUCCGGUUAACAAGCGUCCAAGCACGCCUCACACAAUGCUACUACCUUCUCACGCAGUCCCGAAUCAACCACUGCUGGAGCCUCUUCGGCACAGUCUCGCAUCUCGCCCUCGCCAUCGGCCUGAACAGGAACCGUCGCCCAGACCCAACCACCGGCCUCAGCCAGAUCGAAGCUGAAUGCCGCCGGCGCACAUUCUGGUGCGCAUAUACACUGGACGCAUACCUCAGCGCAGCCCUGGGCCGUCCGCGGUCCUUCCACGAUGACGACGUUGACACCGAACUCCCCGCCUGCGUCGACGACGACCAGAUCGCCACUGCGCAAAACAGCACCGUAACCCUAACUCCCCCCCGAAACCACACGCUCACAACCAUGCUCGCCCCGCUGGCACACAUGAAAAUCGCCCAGAUCAUCAGCCGCGUCCUGCGCGAUCUGUAUUCCAUAAAACCAGUCUCCGACGCCCGUCGCGCCGCAGCCGUAGCCUCCAUCUCAAGGGACCUGAGUGCCUGGCGCACAGAGCUAACCUGGUUCCUAGACGCCGAUGUGCUCAGUGCAUCACUGAUCAUGCCGAUUUUCCAGCGCCAGCGGAAUGUCCUGAAUCUGACGUACUGGCAUUCGGUUAUUCUUACGCAUCGCCCGUUUGUGUUGAGUAAUUUUGCGCGGUUGGCGCAGGGCCGUGCUGGUGCUGGUGCUGGUUUGGAUUCGAACUCGCAGACGGAAGAGAGUACGACGCAGUGUCUCCAUGCUGCUAUGAAGACGGUUGCUAUCAUUGACGAGAUUACGCAGAAUCGGCAGCUGUUUCGGGCGCUUUGGAUAACAUCCUACUUCGCCUUCAACGCGACAACAAUGCUCUACAUCUACGUAAUCCAGAACCGCGCUUAUCCGGCACACGUCUACAGCGCGUACUUCGCCGCCGCGACGCGCUGCCAAAGCCAUCUUUCGGCGAUUGCAGAGAAGGGAUCACUCUCCGAACGGUAUUGUCUUGUGCUUGAGGAGUUGAGGGUUGAGGCUACAAGGCAGACUACUCCUGAUGAAACUGCCACUCCUGCUGCGGCUGCCAGUCAGUUCCAACCAACAGAUGAUAACGGCGUUGCCAAUGCGGACCAAUAUCAAGCUACUGGCCCGGUUCUGUCGCUGCAGCAAGGACAAGGACAAGGACAAGAUGAGAGUCCGCAUACCAUCGGGACUGGCUAUACGGAUUCCCUCGAUGAUCCCGGGAAUGGAAAUGGAAAUGGAAAUGGAAAUGAUGGGAGUGGGAUGGACUUUGGCACAGACGCCGAUGCCAAUGCGAUGGCCGGGUUAGGGCUUUCGGUAUCGGAUUGUUCGGGCUGGGGACAGUUUACGUCGAUGGUUUCGUGUGGCCUGGGGAAUAUGGAUUUGUUUUGGGGGGAUGAGAUGAGGUUUUAA